CUCCCGCCCACGUCCGCAGUCUUCGGCUGUACUUCCCGGAGCCCCUCAGGCCAUCCCUCCCCUGCGGUAACCUGGUAACCUGCGAAGCGGACUAAGAGUCGGGGGAGGAAAUCCGUGGUCCGACUCAAGGCUCUACGUAACUUCCGGUAGCCGCUGAGGCGCAUGGCGGCUUUAGGACAACCUCUUCUGGAGGCGCCAGCAGCCCCAAGACCAGCUAGUGCCCGCGCGCGCCGCAAAUCCCGGCGUCCAGGUCCGGUCCCCGGAGCCCCGAAUCCUUCCUCUGUCUCUUCCUGCUCAGAACAACUCGAGGGCACUGACGUCGCCUCCAGAGCUCGCCCCGUAGGCAGUGAAGGCGACGCAGUCUCGAGAAGACGGAAGAAAAAAUCCCAGAACAGGACCUCUGUGUCAAAUGGGGGCCAGAAGGCUCCGGAGAGGCCCGCCCCGGAGGAAGCCCCACCAAGUGCCGAGGCCCAGGCAAGGGCUGAGCAGCUGGACCGAGAACUGGCCUGGUGUGUGGAGAAGUUGGAGCUUGGCCUCAAGAUGCAGAGACCCACCCCAAAACAGAAACAGCAGGCUAUUGGAGCGAUUCGAACCCUGAGCAGUCAAAGAACCCCCUUGCCCCGGAAGAGGCAGCUAAUGCGCUCCUUGUUUGGAAACUACAGGGCUCAGAUGGAGGCUGAGUGGCAAGAGGUGCUGCGAGCUCUCAGGACAGCUGCCCAUUCAGCCCAGGUACAGCCUGUAGGUGAGUCUGCCAGAAAGAAGAGCCAAAGGGUCUGCAGGCCUCGUCCAGGAGGGAGAGCCAAGGCCACCCUUGAUACUCCUGAUGAAGAGUUUAGGUUCAAUUUCUUUUAGCCUUUUCUCCAUCUUGGAACAGUUCUCACCAUGGUAGGCUGUCAGGUUUUGUCUUGAGAGCAGGGCCUUUCCAGGAAUUCUCUGUCAGUGUAUAUGGGGUUGCUCUGCCUCUGGUUGGUCUGGAUCUGUGGCAUUUAGGCAGGUAUGAGACUUGUCUGGUAGGCACAAGACCCUAUUUGUAGGCUUUGUGAUGAAAUGUCUCUCCUGCCAGAAGAGGCAGAGGUGCUUUUAUAAAAUCUACAAUAAGCUGAAGUGUUUGUAUGAAGAAUAUAGUACUCAUACUCCAGGAUUUAAAUAGCAUUGGUCAUGAGGUUUUGUGGGGAAGCUAUGCAAUUGUACACUGGACUGGACUCACAUUUGCCUUGUCCAGUAGUUCAGUGUUUUAUGUUUUAUAUCAUAAUGUCCUAAUAAAUCUUUUUUUAUAAAUAUGAA